CACUAUAAGCAGCUUAUUAUCAAAUGACAUUCACGACACAAAAUAAAUUCAUUUGUUUAGAUUAAUUAUAAAUAUGGCUAAGACAGUGAUACGUGACUUACUUCAAAUUUUCAAAAGCAGUGUAUCUGCAGUGCUCCCAGACAACCUGAUAAGGAACUCUGUUAAAUACAGUCCAGUGAAUCAACAGCUAGUCAUAUUAAAUGACAAGUAUGAUCUUCAAAACAAAGAUGUUUACGUGGUUGGUACAGGCAAGGCCGUGCAAAAUAUGGCAGUGGAAAUUGAGAAGAUUAUGGGACCUAAAAUCAAACAAGGAAUUAUAAGUGUGCCAGUUGGGAGCCUGAAACAUAAACCAUCAGAAAUAAUAACCUAUUUUGAAGGAGCCAAUAACAAUUUACCUGACGCAAACGCCGAAAACACUGCUAGGAAAGUAAAAGAUUUUGUCACAAAAUUGGGACAUAAUGAUGUGCUUUUAGUUUUAAUAUCAGGAGGUGGCUCGGCACUGCUGCCAUUACCAAAAAAGCCUAUAACUUUGGAGGAGAAAACUAGGUUGAUAAAGAAGCUAGGGAAUGCAGGCGCCGAUAUAACUGAGCUAAAUUGUGUCAGAAAAGUGAUCUCAGAUGUAAAAGGUGGUCAAUUAGCCAUUCAAGCACAACCCGCACAAGUUGUCUCAUUAAUACUCUCUGAUAUUGUUGGUGACCCCUUAGAUUUGAUUGCAAGUGCACCUACAACUGAAAAUAAAGAUGAUGUAUCUAUGGCACUGAAUAUAAUAAAAAAAUAUAACUUAUUUGAUGACCUUCCAAUGUCAUUUAAAACUGUUCUAUCUGAAGCUAAAAAGCAGAAACUAUUUCCAAAAGAAAAUGUAAAGAAUUAUUUAAUUGGAACUAAUCAACUGAGUAUAAACUCUGCCUUAGAAGAAGCAAGGCGUUUAAACUAUUUAGCUCUGACAUUAUCAAAUAUUGUAACAGGCAAUGUAAAAGAAGUAGCAAAGUCAUAUGCAACUCUUGCAAAAGUGGUCUGCCAUUUAGUGACCGGGAAAAUGAACUUGAAUGAAGUAAAAGCACAUAUUGGUAGCCUAAAUAUUCCAGGAUUAAAUCCUGAGAUAGUGAAACAGCUGGUUAAAGUUGCUGAUAAAGAUAUUUGUCUGGUUCUUGGCGGGGAAAUAACAGUGGAAGUCAAAGGUGUUGGCAAAGGAGGAAGGAAUCAGCAACUUGCCCUUGAGUUUUCUGCACUCAUAAAUGAGAUGAGAGGUGAUUUUAAUAAGUUUGAAAUAUAUCUACUCAGUGCAGGAACAGAUGGUAUAGAUGGGCCUACAGAUGCUGCUGGUGCUAUAGGAUAUUUAAAUUUAGUUGCAGAUGCAAAAAAGGAAAAUCUAGACAUAAAUAUCUACUUGGAUAACAAUGAUUCUUAUAGCUUUUAUAAAGCAUUUAGGUCUGGUGAUCUACAUGUAAUUACAGGACAUACCAAUACUAAUGUAAUGGAUAUACAUUUAAUGAUAAUAAAAAGAUGUAAAUAG